CGUGAGACGGCAGCAUGGCGGCUGAAGGUUACUGAGAGAAGAACAGGAGAGGGGCUGCUGUCACCGCGUGCAGAGGAGGCUCCGUGUUUCCGUCUGAGAGCAGCUAAAGACGGUCCGUCCCUCUACACGCUCCGUGGGAGUGCUGACCCCCCGCUGACCCCCCGCUGACCCCCCGCUGACCUCCAGGCCCUCUGCGGAGUCAUGGCCGCCCCCUCCGGCUACGCCCUGCGGAUGGCCCGGCUCGGCGCGCAGAUCUUCGGGGAGGUGGCCCGUCCCACGGACUCCAGAUCCAUGAAGGUGGUCCAGCUGUUCCGGGAGCCCCCCCUGGCCCAGAGGAAGGAGGUGUACGAGUGGUACCCCCAGCACCGGCUGUACCACGGCAUGACCCAGAAGCUGCGCUUCAUGGGGCUGUUCAGGGACGAACACGAGGACUUCAAGGAGGAGAUGCGGCGCCUGAGGAAGCUGCGAGGAAAAGGGACGCCCAAGAAGGGCGAAGGCAAGAGGGCCAGCAAGAAGAAGUGAGGAGGCUCCGCCCACCGCAGCCUCCACCUCCGCCUGCUGCAGCCUCCACCUCCGCCUGCCGCAGCCUCCACCUCCGCCUGCUGCAGCCUCCACCUCCGCCUGCCGCAGCCUCCACCUCCGCCUGC